AUGGUCCCCAUAUUAGUCCUCCUGAUCCUAAUCAUAGCCGUCAUAAUCUUAAUCAGGUGCAUACCGUCCGUGAGAACAAAAACACCCCCUACCCCAAUUGCCCCCCUCGUUAACGAAAUUGAGGACUACGCCAGCAUAAAACUCUCCCCAACUGACACGCCCACUACACUUGCCCCUCCACUGCCACGUAGCCCCUGUCCUCAAAAACAAAACCAGAGCUUUCCCAUGAACUUGGAGGCUAAUAAUCACACAGACUGUGGAGGGGAAGACCCUACUUAUCAUGUUCUUGAGGGACCACCUGCCACGACACAAGGAAGCGACGGAAAUCCUUACAGCCUCGAUCCAAUCGACAGCACUGAAAUCUUUGGUGAACCUCGUAUCGACUAUACUCGUGAAGAUGGACAUCAAUUGCCAUCAGGUGCAGUGGGGGGUUUUGCUAUUGGAGGGCAGGAGAGGGUGUAUUUUGAACUUGAGGGUCCGGGAAACUCGUCGCUCAUCAAGAAUCGCGCGAUGAAUGCACGUAAUCCAACCUAUGAGUCGGUGAAGAGCACAUACUGGAACGAGGGGUUAGGCCCCGACCAACCAAAACUGCACGCUCUCAUAGCGUCUUCAGAGGACCAACCUCGAGUUAGCUCUCACUCUGAGGCUGUAGUGAAUGAGUCUAGCAUGGCCGGUGGUCCCACAUCUACCAGUGAAACAGUCUAA